AUGGCAGAAGUUCACACGGUAAUGGGGCUCUCGACAUCGAAAGAUGACGGUUUGCCUACUUUCUCAGGUAGCGUCUUGAGACUGGAGAUUUGCGGUCCAAAGGAAGAUCAUCUCAGUGUGAUCGAUGUUCCUGGCAUCUUCCGGAACACGACGCCAGGUUUGACGACAAGAAAUGACAAGGCUUUGGUCCGAGACAUGGUUCAAGGGUAUAUGAGAAAUCCUCGGUCAAUAAUGCUCACAGUUGUGCCAGCAAAUGUUGAUAUUGCGACUCAAGAAAUUGUUGAAAUGGCUCGUGAGUUUGAUCCGGAGGGUGAUAGGACACUUGGUGUUAUCACCAAGCCAGAUCUAGUGGACAAAGGCGGAGAGGGUAAAGUCAUUGACCUGGUUGAGGGAAGAGAGAUGCAGAUGAAGCUGGGAUGGAUUAUUGUAAGAAACCUAGGACAAAAAGAGCUGGAAGAAGGUGAUGUGGAUCGGAAUGUAUUGGAAGAUGAGCUUCUUUUGCAGCGCCCCUGGGAUACCGUCCCGCGAGACAAGUUUGGUAUCAAAGCGUUGCGUACUCAUCUCCAAGAGACAGUAACUGCAAACGCGCGACGAUCUUUUCCAUCUGUACGAUCUGAGAUAAGCAAGAAACUACGAGAAUGUCAAGAUGCCCUGCAGGCUCUUGGAGCAGAUCGAGAAACCCCGGAGCAGCAAGCCAGUUUCCUUUUUGGAAUAGUGUCAUCGUUCCAGGAUAUCACAUCUCAUGCGCUAGGCUCAAAUUAUAGCUUCCGGGAUGAAUUUGAUCAAGAGGAAAUUCUUCGUCUGGCCACCAGAGUUGUCAAUAGGAAUGAGAUGUUUUCUGACAAUAUGGCUCGAUGGGGCCACGAGUAUGAAUUUGAGACUGAGGAUUCUCAAGAAUUGGACGAAUUUGGAGUUAAUAUCUCCAUCGAUAAACCCGCAGAAGGCUGGUUGGCGACACGAAUGCUUGAGGAUAUAUCUGGGAUCGAGGACAUUCUACCGCAGGCAGUGGAAGUUGCGCAGCCCUUUCGCAAUGACAUACGUUCAUGGAUAGAACGUCAAUACCGAGGCUCACGAGGAUUCGAGAUUGGAACCUUCAACUCGGCGCUUCUCCCAACGAUUAUGAAAAAGCAGUCAACAAAAUGGACAUCCAUCGCGACUGGGUAUAUUGGUGAUAUUAUCACUAUGGUUCAUGGGUUUAUUCUCAGAGCUUUGAGUCUAGCUUGCGCUGACACCAGUGUAUGCCACAACCUACUGUCUAUGAUCAUGGAUAGGCUUCUAGGGAAAUACCAGAACGCAAUCAGUCAAGUGCAGUUUCUUCUGGUCAACGAGUGCUCAAGCACGCUAAUGACACUGAAUCAUAAUCUUAAUGACACUCUAGAGAAAUGGUAUCGUCGUUCCGACCCUUUAUCACUUGUGAGAUUUCUAACUUCGCACAGUCGACAGAAACGCACGAGCUCCGUGAUAGAAGAAAAGGCGAUUAGCGGCUGUUCGCACGGGAACGUAGUGCGAGUGGAGGAUUUGAGCCCCCAAAAAAGUAUAAGCAACACUGCACAUACCGUACAGGACCUUCACGACAUUCUCCAAUCAUAUUACCAAGUGGCUCGGAAGCGGUUUGUCGACAAUGUAUGUAUGCAGGCCGCAGGUUAUUAUUUGGUGAAUGGCCCAGAAACCCCGAUGAAGUUAUUGUCUCCUUCCUUCGUCAACAGUCUCACUCAAGACGAGCUUGAGGAGAUUGCAGGAGAGGAAGCAUCGCUUCAGCGAAAACGCCGCCAGUUAGUGAAAAAGAUCAAAGAUCUUCAGGUAGCAAAGAGAAUCCUGCUUUGA